AGAAACUUGAAGUGAAGCAGGUGGAGGGUUGAGGUGUAGGGAGGGCGAUGGCUGUUGAGAGUCAGCAACGGUCCGCACCGAGUGCCAACACACUCUUUGGCGGCGUCAGAUGUCUGCUGUGUGGAGGUGCCCAUUUCACUGAGGACUGCCGGCGGACUAUGAUCAGCGGCGUCGGUGAGUGAGCACCAGAUACGAUCAGUGCGAUGUCUGUCUGUCUGUCCUUGAUGCGUCUGUGUGUGCGUGUGCAGGUGGCACUGGCCACCACACCGAGGACCGGCGCACCAUCGUCUGUGACAGUAAGCCGCAACACCCACACAGCUGAGCUCACUACAAUCCGCCACCAGCCUCACCCCCGUGUCUGUCUGUCAUUGGCUCGUUGGUUGACGACAGAGUGCGGCAGGCCGGGUCACCGGCGGCAGGAGUGCCGCGUCAAUGUCUGUGGACGGUGCGGCAAGAGCGGCCACAAGGAGGCCGAAUGCCACGCCGACCCUAAUCUGUUCUGCAAGCGCUGCGGACGGAGAGGACACCUCGCGAGGGCAUGCCCCAAGGUGGUCAAUGAAGAGUCAUCCAUGGGGGGUCACACAGAGGUGAUGUGUCUUAUGGUGGUGUGUUGUCUUAUGUGUCUGUGGUGCAGUUUGUGUGUCGGUGGUGCGGCCAAAUGGGACACAGACCGAUCAACUGCCCAAAGAACCCCAAUCAGUGAGCCUGGCUGUCUGUCUGUCUGUCUGUGUCACACGUGUGUGUCUGUGUGUGUGUGUUCAAAGGGUCGACCGGCGGCUGCGGAGGAUGGACCAGCGCGCCAAAGACACCAGGGCCUUCCACAUGUACGCCACCGACACACACACAUAGCAGUCAAGUUACUCAUGUGUGUGCGGUGUUCGUGUGAUGGUGUGUGCAGGGAGCGUGCCAAUGCUGAGCUGAGUGAGCCCGUCGGCGCCUCACUGCUCAGAGAAAUCGCAGCAAAGUACACAGACACACUCACCCCACCGACCCCUGCACACCUCAGUGUGUGUGUGUGCGUGUGUGUGCAGCAAGCAAGACGAUCUCGUGCCCCCGCCCCCCUCAGCAUCAGCCGCGUCAGCAUCGCCACCAGCGGCCCCCCUCCCCCUCUCUAACCAGCAGCCGCUCAUUCGGAUAAAGCGCAAGCACACCGACACAACUGUCGCAGGGAGAGAGGCAGAGGCAGAGCAACAGCCAGAAGGAGACAUCAAGAGGGUCCAUCGGGACGAUGACAGCGACACCGCCGCGGUGGCAGCAGGGAGGGGCAAAGAGGUCAGUGAGGGUCUGAUGGCUGCCUUGCUGUUGGGUUAUGGUGACGAUGACGAUGACGAUGAGGGCGGGUGAAUGAUUGAGGGGCGAGAGGGACGCAUCGAUGUGCCAUCUGUCAGUGUCUUUUUCGAUGGCGUGUGAGCGCCACGUAUGUCAUGCCGUCAUGUUGAUACAUAUCGACGAUGGACAAUUUUCGACGACCAAACCGAGCCAAUGGUUGGUUCCUGGCUACCCCCUUCUUGGCAAGAUGUUGACAGAAACGGAUCACCGAAAUGUCGUUGGCGGAUAUUCCGCGGGCGAGGGUUUAAGACAGGAGAUUAAGGGCUUA